UCUCUCCCAAGUGUGAAUGAAAAAUAUACGGAAGACAGCAGAGGAGUGCCAGGAACUUCUGAACUACAGCUUCACAGAGACUGGAGAGUCCCAGACAGACAUCAUGACGUAUCCAGAGAUCUAGAACUAUUACAUUCUCUAUACUUUUGAAGUUUCAAUGGCAUUUGGAAAUUCAGGGUUCAGAUGGGAUUUAUAGUAGGCUAUUUAGAAUAAUCUCUGCCACAUUUUAAGGACGACAGGGGAACGGGAGAUGAAGGUAAAUUAUGUCAUGUCAUUUAUUUGAAAGUGUAAAACAAGGACCAGUUGCGAAUAUUUGUAUGAUUAGUGAAAUCACGAAACCUGGCACUCGUUAACUGAAGGUAUGCAAGAAGACCGCAGAUUAAGCAUGUGCCGCGCACAGAGUGGUACAGAUCGAGCUGCACACAAGAUGCAGGAGGACCCGGUGUAUGAUUUCCCUGAGCCGGUAGGGAAUCCGAUAGGAGAGAGGCGGGCUUGUCUUCAGCGUAGCUCCCUGAAGAGCAUCAGUGUGCUGGACCGUCUGCUUCUCACACACCCCGUCUGGCUGCAGCUGUCCAUCAACUCUGCUACCGCUCUGCACAUCCUACAGAGGGAGCCGCCUGGGACCUUUCUAGUGCGCAGGUCCAACACCUCGCAGAAGAAAGUGCUGUGUGUCAGGCUUGCAGAUGACUGCCUCCCCUCCUUUUUCAAACAAUUUGUCAUCCAGGAAUUGGACUCCACUUUCUCCUUGGAGAGAGCUGCUAUCAGUUUCCCUGACCUCUGCCGGCUCAUCGCCUUCUACUGUGUUAGCCGGGAUGUGUUGCCCUUCCCCCUGGAGCUCCCUGAGGCCAUAGUCAAGGCUUCAUCCCACAAACAGCUGGAGUCCAUCUCCCACAUGGGAGUGGAGUUCUGGAGCUCCCCGCUGAACUUCAGAGGCCCACGCAAUGGGCCCCCACCAGUGGAGGAGGCACCGCUGCCCCUUAGCCCCACCCCUGAGGAUUGUGCCACACCCGAGGAGAGCCCCACCCUGUUUCAAGAGUUCUGCUCCAUCCAAACACGCAGCCCCCGGGAGCUGAACUGUGGGGCAGCAGGCCAAGGGGCUCUCUGUUUCAUCAACCCACUCUUCCUGCAGUUCCAGACUGCACUGCACAGACGCCACCACCAGUUCAAACGCAGCCUGAAGGUGCGUGUCUCCACUGAGAACUCUAGCCCCUUGUCCCCACCAUUUGCUCCUCCCCCUCCCCCACCUCUGCUGGCCAAAAAAAAGAGCAAGAAGGUCCAUCAGGCCAGUAGAGCAGUGGAGGCCAGAGUGGAGGGUGAGGGAGGGACAGCACCUGUCCAGGAGGACUCAGACUACUUGCAGCCAUGCUUGGUUCUUCCAGUUCUUCCGAAAAAGACCAGGGUCACACCCACACUGUCUCCCACUGCAGAGGAGGAUGACUACCAUGUGCCCAUAGGUCUUCUGCAGGGACUUGGCCAAGAGAAAGGAGGUGAGGGGGAGGAGGUGGAUCUCUUGCUGGAGCAGAGAUAUGCUCCCUCCCUGAGUGAGCUGGACAGCAGCAGUUCCCUCAGCAGCUUGGAGGAGACAGAGGAGAACUCAGAGCGACCUCCCCUCACCAGGGGAACAAGUAACCCCUCACCCCCAUGCACCUCUCCCGCUCAUCAGCCCGUCUCAGGCUUGUGCAAGCUUAGUGCAGCUUUUGUGUCCUUCUUUGUGCCUGAAAAGCGUGUGGCGAGGCUGGUGGAGGACCUGUCCCGUGACAAGAGGACUGCGUUUGGUGUCCUGGUGCAGGACUUCCUCAGGCAGCAGCGCGAGGUGAUCAAGCCUCAGUGCCAGAGAUCUGGCACAGAGCUACUGCAGGACAUCCGUCUCUUCCUCUCCCAGGCCAAGACCUUCCUGCUGGACUGUGGAGACCUACAGCCCCCCAUUGAGACCAUGGUGCAUGACGAUGAGAAAGACCUGGUGCUGGAGAAAGCCAUGUUCCGCUGUGUGCUGAAACCUUUGAAAGGACAGAUAGAUGGGACACUGCAAACUUUGCAUGAGCGAGACCGCUCCACCCAAAGCAUGGCAGAGAGCCUGGCUAAGGCCAGGGGAAAGACCCUGUUGGAGUGUUUUGGAGUGCGGGUGGGAGUGCCGGAUGCUGCCGAUGUGGAGAAGGUGCUGCAGAAGUUAGCUCUCAUGAGGCGGGCUUACUCUCCCAUUGACAAGGUUGUGCUGCUCCUGCAGGUCUGCAAGCUCAUCUAUAAAGCCAUGAAGGACAAUUCAGACCAGGAGUUUGGUGCAGAUGACUUCCUGCCAGCCUUGUCCUAUGUCCUCGUACAGUGUAACAUGCCUGAGCUGUCUGUGGAGGUGGAGUACAUGAUGGAACUGCUGGAGUCAUCAUGGCUCAAAGGGGAGGGUGGGUACUACCUGACCAGUGUGUAUGCCAGCCUGUGCCUGAUCCAGAGCAAACCUGAAGUAGUACCCUCCAGUGGGCUGACCCGCGAGGCCAGAGACUCUUUGAAAGACUGGAGCCGGCGCCGGAGCCUCCAGGCGCAAAGCCAGAAAAACUUACGACAGCAACUGAGGUGUGUCAGGGUUCUGUUUCAAGAUGGAGAGAACAGCUGGAUGAAAACCCUGCAGUGGAGGGCAGGAGUUAGUGGGGGGGCCCUGACCCAGCUCUGUGCUGCUAAAUUUGGGGUGGACAACCCAGAACUGUACAAACUGUACUGGCGGAGUGAGGGGGAGAUCAAAGACCUCCCAACACAGGCCCAGAUCCAGGACCUACAGGGCCAAGGCAGCAGUGGGACACCCCUCAUAUACCAGCAAGCCAACCAGGAUCAACUCAAGACUCGCAAACAGGAGACGGUGGACCUUAUGGGAUUACCUUGAGAGGUCCACUGUGGUAUCCACACAUUAUUGACUGAUGUUCUUAAACCACUCAACUGCUGGAAAUAAUUGCUUUGUACUUUAUUAAACUAUUUAAAUUCAUUUUUUUCUGAAUGGAGAUGGCAGACCUGCCAACCCAGUCCAAUUUUUCGGAUUACCAGACGCACGGCCCAUUGGAGACUCAUCUCGCAAAUCUAGUGCGAAGGCAUUUUAGAAACAUUGCCUCUAUAGCUAAUACCGGACACUCAUUCAUUCUUCAUCGCGUAGUCUUCUAAACUCCCGACUCCAUUUAAUGCCAAGAUGUUUAUAUUUAUUUGUGAUUAUACUUUUGUAAUGCUUUUUGUGACGUAGAUCAUAAUUAGUUAGUCUCAUGUUGCGUGAACCUCGUAAUGUUACGUGGAAAAUGGGAUGCAGAAUUAAAUGUAUAUAACACUCGAACAAAUGCGACCUGUCAUUUUUCGUAUUUGCAUUUCUAUUCACUAACAAAUGCGAGUGAACUGCUGGCACGUUCGAGCCCACUGAAUGUCCGCCAACGUUAGCUUGAAACAAUUCGUGUUUACCUUUCCACAACACACGGAGUAGAAAAGGGAUUUGUCCAUGUUUAAGUUUAAACUGACAGUCGGCAAACUCAGCAUGUCAACAAACAGAAAGGGCAGACACGGGAUAGCUACGUCGAAUAAUGAUGUAUUCAUCUCCAUGUCCGUUGACACAAACUCCGUAUAUGUCUGUGUUGCAGCUCGAGAAUCGGGAUGUUAGAUUUACUCAGUGGAUUUAUUUUACAUUAAAAUGUAACAAAAAAUCAGGCCCUAUUCAUUUCUACGUACUUUCAAUUCGGAUCUCGUACAUGGACAGAAAAUGGCGUAGUUGGUACGCAAAAUGCGUGCAUGUUGGCAGGUCUGAGAUGGCAAGGUAAUGAGAAAUAAAUACAAAGGUCUGUGUAAAUUA